ACAGCUGUCAAACAUUUGUCAAACAUAAUACAUGUGACAGUUGCGUGUAGCCUACAUAAUAUUUUACGUUCUGUACCAUAUCUAAGAAUAAAUAAAGGAAGAACAUAUAUAAAGCGUGCGUUGUUCAUACAAAUAUAUCCAGUUACGUUCCAAUCUUCAAAAACAAACGAUAACGCGUAUAAAUGUGGCGAAUACUUUUGUUAAUAACUUUCUUUUUCGACGAAGGUACCGCAAACGAUUGCGUGCCUUACCGCGUAGACGGCGAAAUAGUUGCGUGCGUUUGCAAUGCCACGUACUGCGACGGUCCCUUCGAUGAUGUACCGGAAGUCCCGAAGGAAGGGAGUUCCCAUUGGUUCAUGUCGAACAAACAAGGAGACCGAAUGAAGAUGUCACAGCUAGAAUUCGGUGACUGUAAAGAAUCUCCUAAAAGCCAAGUGCUGAGUAUAGAUACCUCGAAAAAGUAUCAGACGAUCAUUGGUUUCGGUGGCGCGUUCACCGAUGCGGUUGGAAUCAACCUCUUAAAACUUAGUCCAGCUACCCAAGACCAACUGUUGCGGGCAUAUUACGAUCGCAAGAAGGGAAGCAGAUAUUCGUUGGCUCGGGUGCCUAUUGCUGGCGUUGAUGCCUCGACGAGACCUUACUCGUACGACGAUGUUCCCAAUGAUGUCAAGCUCGAGCACUUCGCACUUACAAUAGAAGAUUACGAUUACAAAAUACCGUAUUUAAAGAAAGCUCUCGAUUUAAAUCCCGACACAAAAUUCUUGAGUGCCGCGUGGACCGCGCCACAAUGGAUGAAAUUCACGGAAGAUGACAUCAGUGGAUUAACUUUCCUGAGUUAUGAAUACUACAAGACGUACGCUGACUACCUGAUAAAGUUUCUGGACGAGUACAAGAAAAUGGGUAUUGAUAUGUGGGCGAUUUCGACCGGUAACGAGCCGCUGACGGCGUUAACAUUCGACGUUCCACUCACCUCUAUGGGAUGGAUGCCGGAAUCGAUGGCCGAUUGGGUUGGCAAUUACUUCGGUCCGGCCUUGGCGGCAUCCUCGCAUAACGAGACGCUGAUAUUAGCUAUGGAUGAUAACAGAUCGUUGUUACCUUGGUUCGUCCAGCCCACUCUUAAGUGUGAGAGAUCAAACAAGUACGUCGGUGGAAUAGCUGUGCAUUGGUAUCAGGAUUAUUUAGCUGAGCCGGACGUGUUAGACGAGAUACACAACGAAUUUCCAAACAAAUUUAUUCUCGUAACCGAGUCAUCCAUUACGACUAUUUGGAAUACUUCCCAAGAAAAAGUCGGAUCAUGGCAACAUGGAGAGAGGUACAUUUUAACUAUGAUCGAAUACUUGAAUCAUUGGACCGUUGGAUGGGUAGAUUGGAACAUAGCUUUGGAUACAACUGGCGGCCCAAACUGGCAGGAGGUUUAUCUCGACGCUGCUAUUAUCGUGAACCCAGAAGCUGACGAAUUUUAUAAACAACCUAGUUAUUAUGCUAUGCAACAUUUUAGUAGAUUCGUCGACAGAGGCUCUAUUAGAACUUCGAUCACUGAUACAGACGCAGUCAAAUCCAGUGCCUUCCUUACUCCAUCAGGGAAUGUCGCCGUUGUAUUGUACAACAGGAACGACACCGCGCAGCACGUAAUUCUGAAAGAUUCACAGAAACGUACACUUUGCUUCGACCUUCCGCCGCAGUCUAUGAACACUUUAAUAUACCACUGAAAAGCUAAUUCAAAUAAAUUAAUUAUGGACAAAAAUUAUCAAUAAAAGAUCGAACAUUUAAAAAUUCAAAAA